UUUUAAAAAUUAAUAUCUCAAUGCCUAUCAACUUGUACAUAAAUGGGAAACUUCCCUCUUCUUCUUCUUCUCCAUUGCAAUCCCAAGACGCCCCAACCACCGUGGCGCUUUAUUCUCACGCCUGAGCAGAGCGCUUCACCGGUGGCAGACGGUGUCGUGAUUCCUUCUAUCCUCCACAUCAUCUCUCUAGAGAUGGGGCAGAGCAUGAGCUGUGGAACUAGACCGGAGCACGGCAUAUUCGCCUCCGUGCAGUGCGGCGACAUCGUCACUGUGCGUCGAGUGAUGACUUCGGAUCCGAGUCUGUUGCAUCAGACCACUCCUUAUGAUCGCCACUCCGUUCUUCACGUCGCCGCUGCUAGUGGCCAGAUCGAGAUUCUGACCUUGCUUCUGGAACGAUUUAAGAAUCCAGAUGUGUUGAAUCGUCACAAGCAGACUCCGUUAAUGCUGGCUGCUAUGUAUGGAAGGAUCUCUUGCGUGAAGAAGCUCGCUGAAGUUGGAGCUAAUGUUUUGAUGUUUGAUUCUGUGAAUAGAAGAACAUGCUUGCACUACUCAGCUUACUAUGGACACGCUGAUUGCGUUCAAGCCAUUCUCUCCGCUGCUCAAUCCAGUCCCGUUGCUGUUCAUUGGGGAUAUGCGCGAUUUGUGAAUAUUAGAGAUGACAAAGGAGCGACACCGUUGCAUCUAGCUGCCAGGCAAAGACGGCCUGAAUGUGUGAAUGUUCUGUUGGAUAGUGGUUCUCUUGUUUGUGCUAAUACUAGCCUAUACGGGUCUCCAGGGAGCACACCUCUUCAUUUGGCAGCAAGAAGCGGGUCUAUCGAUUGUGUCAGAAAAUUGCUUGCUUGGGGUGCUGACCGUCUUCAAAGAGACGCUUCUGGGCGGAUACCCUAUGUUGUUGCCAUGAAACACAAGCACGGAGCAUGUGGAGCGUUGCUUAACCCGUCUUCUGCAGAGCCACUGGUCUGGCCAUCUCCGUUAAAGUUCAUAAGCGAGCUUAAUGACGAGGCAAAACUGCUCUUAGAACAGGCACUGAUGGAUGCUAACAGAGAGAGAGAGGAAACCAUUCUCAAAGGAACUGCUUACUCCUUACCAUCACCAUCUUUCUCUGACACCGCCUCGGAUGAUAACAUGUCUGAGAUGAGUGACUCGGAACUCUGUUGCAUUUGCUUUGAGCAAGUAUGCACUAUUGAAGUCAAAGACUGUGGUCACCAAAUGUGUGCGCAAUGCACACUUGCACUGUGCUGUCACAACAAACCUAACCCAACGACCUCAACCGUGACACCACCGGUGUGCCCGUUCUGUAGAAGUGUCAUCGUACGGUUAGUCGUCGCCCAGAACAACAACAACAACGACAAGAGCAAGAGCCAAUAUGAAGUUGUUGAUCGUGAGGCAGGUGAUGUAAACUCCUCAAAACUCAGAAAGCAUAGAAGAUCGAUAAACCUUGGCGAAGAAAGCAGCAGUUUCAUGGGUCUUUCAAGCAUUGGAUCCUUCGGAAGGAUAACCGGCCGUAGCUCGGGAAGGAUCGCAGCCGACAACGAGCUGAUGAACAAACCCAUUUUGUGAGGAUCGGGUCCACAUAUCAGUAAGGGGUGAAUGUUUAAAAGAUAGAUGAAAUUUAUUAUGUAGAUUGAAAUAAGGAAAAAUGACGUUGAAUUAUGUAAUGCAAUGAUUUGUUGUUUCUUUGAUCAGUUUGUCAAAAAAGGAAUUUGUUUGUUGUUAUUAUUUGGUCAUUUUUAUUGUAUGAAAGGUAAUUUGAUAAAUCUUCUCUUCUUCUCA